AAUGUUACUAUUCCAAAGAGACAAGGUUAUGAAAUAGAUGAAAAAAUUUGUGAAAAACAAAAUCUUGAAAGAACAAACAUAAAAGUUCAACAAAAAAAUAGAAACUUACUCAAACUAUUAUAG